GUCUCCCCGCGAAUGGGGGAUGGAUGAUCGGCCCAAUCUGAUACAUACUGUCGCCUCUCGCUCUAUUGCUUCUCUCCUUCCCUCCCUUCUCCCUCUUCUCCCUCCGCUCGCCAACUCUCGCCUAUUGCUUGGUCUUCACCACUUUUUCCAUUCUUCCAUUCCAAGGCCGGCCUUUUCCUUUUCAAUUCUAACCACUAGACUCUUUUGGCUGGCACCGACGUCUAUUUCGUUGUUACUCUCGAAAUCUGUAUUUCUACCACAUACACACACACACACACACACAUUCUAUUUCUCCAUUCACCUCGCAUCGUCUGGCAAUCGACCCGUCGCCUUGUUGAACCGACCCGAGCCGUCUCAUUCACCCAUUUCCACCAACUCGAUCCCCCCAUCCACUCAAACUUGCUUUCCGACAUCGUCAAGCUAAGGGCCAUGGUUUGGACUGAUUGACAAAGACUACAUCUUGGCGACUAUCAUCGGUCCGGCACAGGAUAGGAUAGGAUGAUCGAGAAAAGGGGCAUGGCUCCCCACGCAGUACCACCGGGCCGGAGGGCCCUCAAGAGACGUGCUCGCCCUGCUAAUAUUGCCUUGCCGCCUUCGCUUUGGGAACGAGACGCCGAGUCUGACGACGAGUAUGCCACCCAAGUAAGGACCGCUGCUGGAGGCGUGUGGAAAAGGACUGCCAAGUCGGGCAUCAGGCCCUCGAAUGACACACUGGAGCGCCGGUCGGACAGCGACAGCGACGACCGGGGACGGGGAAACCGAGACAGCGAACCUUCGAGCCCUGAUACCCCCCAGGCAAGGCCUUCGUAUAACCUCCCGCCUUCGUAUAACCUCCCGGCCAUAGGAAGAAUUCCCGUGGCAUCGCUUCGACCAGCCCUUCCCGCAGUCUCAAACCUACCUUCGACAACGUUGCCGGCAUUUGCACCCGCUAUUACUUCUCAACCCCCGGUCCUCGAACCUCCCAUGUUCUUCCAGCCUGUACUGCCGCAGCCGCAACCUACAUCGCGUGUGAUGACACCGUACCGUCCCCUCCAGCCCGUGGAUCCUCAGCCAGCACCAGUGCUCGCUCCGGCCGAUCCUGACUCAACACCACGCGAAUCCGAACCCUCUGCUAUACCACCAGCGACGAUGACAGUGACAUCCCCCCCUCGAACAAUUACAGUCAUCUCCACGAUGAAGCUUGCUUCCUCGAGUUCGACCUCAUCAUGGCCAACAUGGUCACCCUCUCCGCCGGUGGUCGCCCCGUCAUCGACGUUGCCUAUGCCAGCAGCUUCGUCGACAGGCCCAGCUGCUUUACCACCUCUGCCAUCUGUUGAUCCUUCGGCGCCGAGGAAGGGCGUCGAUGGUCACACACACACGACACCUACAGUAACGGCUACCUUGGCUUCGGCUGCACUACCUGCCGAAACCAUUCCUGCUCUCCCCGGCCCGGCGAGCGCCGUCAGUGAUCGGGGUAGGGACGAUGUAAGGCCAGCGCGAAUGAACCCAGAGACGGAGCACGCCCUUAUUGCUGUGGGCUCAAUAGGAUCUUUCAUCUUCGCCUCAUUCCUGGUGUGGAUUGUAUGGAGGACAAUGAAGAAGGCUUCGAGGAGGAGAAGGGAAAGGGAGCUUGGCUACCCGAACGAUGGCCCUGGUUUUGGCUCCAAGAUCCCUUUCUUCAAGGGAUCCAUGGGCGGAUGGCAGAACCUAGACGGUCGUCAAAGCGACCCGACCCAGUACGAAAAGGGGCCGAGAGGCACGCUGCGGCUGGAUACCGGCUUCUACGGCCCCAAUGGGAAACCGACCAAUUAUGGCCCUGGCGGUACAUAUGUUCCCAACUAUAUGUCGCCAGUCGACAGCCGCGGCAGCCCUAUCCACGGCAGCCCGACGGGCGUAUUACCGGUGCGAAUGAACACCGUGAACGGCGGUACAUACAACGGUCAGCAAGGCGUUUUCAACAGUCAAACAGGUACCUACACGAGCCAAGUAGGGACGUUCAGCAGCCAGACUGGUACCUAUGUCAGUCAUGCACCCAGCGGCUCACUCACUCAUAUCAUUGGACAAUACGGAAACGGAACGGACCCUAGCAUGACAUUACGGUCAGGCGUGGGAGCCGGUGCAUACUUCAAUCAGUCAGAGUUGGCUCGCCAACCAUCAGACGCUUACGACCCAGCCAGGCGGCAAGUUAACAGGGCGAGCGAACUCUCCUCCAUUUCAUCCGGCUUCGGCGACGGUGACAUCAUCGUGCCAGGCAUGCCUGGAAUGGUGCUGCAGCCCCCUCCGCCUGUUUCACAGUCACUGAGAGCUAGCCGAAUGAGUAAUGAUCGGGUCUCCUGGGCCAACAAGUCCAACCGUGAGACGGUCUACACAGAGGCCAGUGAGGACCUGCCACCCAGAUUCAGGACCGUUGACAGCUGGGUCAACCAGCAAACCGGUCGCGUCAAGAGGGCACAAGCACGGCCACAGACGGACGAAGACAUCCCGCCUGUGCCUGGUCUUCCGGCAGGGACGGGCCAGAACGGGAUGCCGCCUGAACCCCAAUUCACCAUGAUGAUGCCGGACGGGGAAGUACCUCGCCGGCCGGACAACGCGUCGUAACAGUUGGACGCAAACCGGCGGACGCCGUGGCUUUUCUUUGUUUUCAUACCCAAGCAUGUUGCUGCGUUGGCAGGAGUAAAAAAGCGGGGACAGAAGGAAAGGGGAUGUAAUACCAUCAUAACACAUGCACAUGCACAUACAAAUGAGUAGCCAAGAGGUGAUCAAACUAGGAGCCUUUUACCACUGUAUCCAUAUAACUCCCAGUAUCUUACCGCUUCUUCAAGCCUGGCGCUUGGGGGCUUUCUUGCGGAGUCAGACUUCACACAUGGCACGUGGCUGUUCUGGCCUGCUUUUUUGUACAGGUAGCUUUUCCUCCUUGAGAAGGCAAGGUAUAACAGGGCAGAAGGAGAGGUGAUCAAGGAAGUGGUAGUAGUAAUUCAAAAGUAGUAGGAAUGCAGACCU